AUGAUGGCCCUCGAGUCUGCCAGAUCCAAGCAGUCUUUCUUCCAACCGAUGACGAUGGAUCCCAACUUCGGCGACAUGUUUUAUCCCGUCGACAAUGUUUCUCCAUAUGCCCAGACGGCCGACUACUCCCGUUUCCAAUACUUGAAUGAUUCCACCUUGUUCGACUCGCAUAUCCACAAGUCCUCCAACCUCCCUUCCAUGCCUACGACUCCUCCCUCCGUCUCCGCAUCCCACUCCGAUCCCCGAAUCCCUACCGGCUCCGCGGCCUCUGGCCCUUCGAUCGCCAGCGCACCUUCAUCCGCCAUCGGCUCUCCAUACGCUGGCCACCAGCAGGUCCUCCAAGAUCAGUGGGUCAACACGGGCCACGGUCUCGGUCUUUCCGCUGCAGUGAUGAACGAAUUCUUCCCCAAUGAAUACGCCGCGAGCGCCGUGGACAUGGACGGGAUCUACCAUGAAAAGUUGCCGUAUACACAUAUCGAUCCUUACCUGAUCCAGCCGGUACAAAAUGGCCCCGAGUUCACUCCCACCAUCUCCUAUCCCGACCACUCCAACUCCACUUACACUACCGCCCCGCACAACUUUAUCUCUCACUCUCCCGCCGCAUCCCCUGUCCCAUACAGUGAAAAUGUCGAGUCUCAGCCAUUGCUCUACCCCGUACCACAACACUCGCCAAUGAUGAUGCCCGACUCGCACUCGCGACCCGUCUCGGUUUAUGACCGAAGAUCUUCCAUCUCCUCCAUCCGAUCCCGUCGCUCCCAGCAGAGUCCCGCUCUGAGCAGCAUUGAAGCGGAUGACGAGGCCAGGGAGAAAGGCCGGUGCCCUCAUCCUGAUUGCGGCCGAGUCUUCAAAGACCUGAAGGCCCACAUGCUCACUCACCAGUCCGAGCGGCCAGAAAAGUGCCCGAUCGUCACUUGCGAGUACCACACUAAGGGCUUCGCGCGCAAAUAUGACAAGAACCGCCACACCUUGACCCACUACAAGGGGACAAUGGUGUGCGGCUUCUGCCAUGGCUCCGGCUCUCCCGCGGAGAAGAGCUUCAACCGCGCCGACGUCUUUAAGCGCCACCUGACUUCCGUCCACGGAGUCGAGCAGACACCGCCGAACUGCCGCAAGCGCACCCCGUCCUCCGCCAAGCGGGGCACCAACUACAGCAGCGAUGCCACCGGCAAGUGCUCGACUUGCUCGGCGACAUUCAGCAAUGCUCAGGACUUCUAUGAACAUCUGGACGACUGUGUCCUGCGCGUGGUGCAGCAAGAAGAGCCCUCAGAGGCCAUCAACCAGCAGCGACUCACCGAAGUCGCCGCAGACGAAGAGGUAAAGAAGACGAUGGAGAAACAUCAACUCCUCGACGCGGCCGGCCCCGUCGACUUUGAUGAUAACGACUCUUACGACGACGACGAUUCCCACGACCUAGCCAACUGGCGCGCCGGCCGUCCCAAAUCUAAGGGUGUCCCCAGUUCGCGCCCCAUCAUCGGCUCUGGCAACGCCGUCUCCAAGAACACCGCGGGCAAGGCUCGCGCUGUCGCAACCCGCCGCCGCAACAACCGCGGUAACUACCCGCAGUCCUGGGGCUGUCCCAACAGCGGCAUGAAGACUAAGAAGCGCGUGCUGUGCGUCUUUGACGGCCAGCGCCGUCUGUGGAAGGAUGAGAUGAUGCUCAACAAUGAGUUCGAGGUUCGUCUGCAUCUUCCCGGCGGCGCAGGCGACGGCACAAACCGCGACGCCUAUAUCACAGACCUGGACGUGGAAACGAUGAAGCGCGCCGAAGGCGUCCUCAGCGCGAAUGAUGAAGAGCGCGGUCCCUGGAUGGACGGACCCUCGCCGCACCUCAUGGGCCAACCGGCAAUGCUACUGCCCGAGCUGUGCCCCCAGGACGAUGGAUUAUCCAUCAACGAACUCAUGGCAUGA